AUGUCGACGACCAUCCUCUUCUCGACUUUUCCUCCCUUCCCCACCCUCUCCCUCUCUGUUCCCUCCGAGACGCGUUUUGAAGAUUUAUACACCCUUUUAAACGACAAAUACGACGAUUUACCAACCUGCGAUGACCUUCUCAUCUCCCCGCACUCGGGUGCCAUCCCCGACUCCUCGACCCCACUCUCUGCUUUGCAUCCUCGAGAUGAGGACGCGUCCUCGCUCGUCACUCUCAGAAUUACUCCCCGCCUCCAUGGUGGCAAGGGUGGUUUUGGCUCCCAGCUUCGUGCCGCUGGUGGCCGCAUGAGCAGCCAGAAGACCAGUAACAACGACUCCUGCCGUGACCUCAGUGGUCGCCGUCUUAGCACCAUCAAGGAAGCUAAGAAGCUUGCCGAGUAUCUUGAAAAUGAGCCCGCGCGCAAAAAGGCCGCCGCCGAGGCCCAGAAAGCCAAGCUCGAGGCUCUCGAGAGAAAGCUCGGUAUCAUGCCCAAUGCUGGCGAAGCUUCAUCAUCAAAGCUAGGAGACUCUGAGCCAGUAGCCGGGAGGAAGCAUCGCUUCGACGACACCGAGUAUCUCGAGCAGAGUCAGGAGCUAGUGGACAAUGUCAGGUCCGCCGUCACAGCAGGUUCGUCCAUACGCUAUUUCUGUCCACCUAUGUUAUUUAUCCGUAUCGCAUAG